AUGCUUUCUGCUGACUCAUCUCUGCAGACCUGUGACUCUGCAGCAGUGACGUUGCGAAUAUACGAUGUCACUGGGGCGGAGGUGGUUUCCGGUCUCAAUCGGCUAUGUCGAGCCAUCGGCACUGGUGCCUUCCAUGCUGGUGUGGAGGUGUAUGGCCUAGAGUGGAGCUUUGGCUUUACGGACGACGGUGGAAGUGGCGUGUUCAGCUGCGAUCCAGGAGGAUGCGGAGAUCACGCCUACCGGGAGGCAGUGUACAUGGGUCGCACCCCCUUGCGUGAAGAGGAUGUUAUGAUGAUCCUGAGCAUGCUGGCACAAGACUGGCAAGGUGCGGAGUACGACAUCUUAAAUCGGAAUUGCUGUCAUUUCAGUGAUGCGUUUUGCAGGGAUCUUGGUGUUGGCCCAGUUCCAGGGUGGGUUACCAAUCUGGCUUAUGCGGGCGCCAAUGUCGAAGCUGGGCUUCGGCAUGCGGUUUCUGGCGUGCAGGCAGCUGCCGUCAUAGCUUCGGCCAAGGCCAUGCAGAUCGAGGAGGAGCUGGCCAUCAAGCAGGUGGUCACAGAUGGAGCCAGCCACCUCCUCGAGUGCAGCCUGGAAUUGGACCAGAGGUAUGCAAUCAGCGAGUCGGCCUCGGAGAUUGCCAACAACGCAGGCGACAUUGUUCGGGCUGCCGCUGGGGCGGUGGAGCAGGUCAACGACGUGACUUCGGAUGCCGUCCACAAGGUCACGGAAGCUGCAUUGAACCGGUCUGCUGCGCUCGUGCCGACCUUGGACCGUGACUGGAUCACCGACUCCUGUUGCAGCUUUUUUGCAAGGUGGGUGCUGGCCGCCACCCUCGGGCUUCUAUGCUAUGCUUUGCGUGAUGAGGCAGAGGACUUCCGUCUGGAGCAGCUGCGUGAGCAUGAGCGACAUUCCGGUGAGCCCACAUUGGGAGAGGAGAAGUCUUUCGCCUUCCUCGAGCCAGAGCCGGAGGAUUUGCAGGAUGUGCAGAACUUUGCCGCAAAGAUCGCAGGCGACAGCCGGCAAGGCCAGCGCAUUCGCGAGAAGAUCGCGGCAGAUCCAGGCACAGCAGCGGCGCUGCUGCAGCGCCUGGCGGGCCAGCAGCGUGGACUCGCCGACGGCAGGGAUCGUGAUCUACAAGCAUAUCAUCAUUUGCUGGAAUUGCAUUUUCAGGAUCGCGCCACCGCAAAUGCCGCCAGCUUGUCGCGUGGUCUUAUUUGGCAGCUCGCAGAAGACAUUCGCAGGAUUCGUCGACUCCAAAACAUGAGCUCAGAAGAUCUUCAUGCUGUUCCAGAAGAAGAGGUUGAUAAUUUUGUCCACUACUUCCGUGGUCUUGCGCAACGGGAACGACGUACAGGGCAGGCAUUUGCCGAAGGCAUGGGCCAAAAGUCCCGCAGUGCAGUGAUUUUUUCGUGCAGCUACGGGGACGGGCACAAGUCUGCUCAAUCUGCCGUGGAAGCCUUUCUGAAGGCUGCCGACUUUCAGGUGCAUUCCGUGGACACCACCCGUGAUCCUCGUUUUGAGGACUGGAUGCAGAAGGAGCUGGGCACUACCAUCGGGGACAUGUGGUACAACAGAAUGGUUCUGAGAUGGAAAAUGUAUAGCAUUGAGAACAUGAUGGAGUCAGCCAGAUCACUUUUGUUCGGACCUUUACAUCAGCCGUGUCCGUCUCCAACCUGCAACAAUCCAACGAAGGAUGCGCUUCGGAGCGUCCUCCUGGAUCUCCGGCCAGACAUCAUAGUCGGGGUCUGA